AGUACGUGUGCGUACAACAAACCGCAUCAUCUCAAUUCACAUUCUUUAUCAUUUAAAAGGAUAUUCAUUUAUGCAAAGGUAAAGGAAAUGUCAAAUCGAUUCAAGUUUUUCGCUGCAAUUAGAGAAUAUGAUGUCGAGGGUGAAGUGUUGUUAAAAAUCAUCGGUACUGGUUCCAAUAACAAUCUAGCAUAUCGUAUUAUGGAAUCAAGACUAAAUGAAGUUGGCAUAAGACUGGGUAGUUUUUUAUCUGCUGUUGCUCAGAUGGGGGAGCCCAUCAGAGAUUUCGUGGCUGAAGAGAGAAAUUUAAAAGUCACCAUUGAUGGUAGUGUUGCCAAGGUAGAAGACAUUGAAGGCAAUUUGGAAAAAAACGAAGAAGGAGUUUUAGUAUUCCGUACAGAAGACUUUGGAUUAGUUAGAGCUCUUGAUCAAAAGCUUUCACCGGGCCAAUAUCAAAUAACUGUUCGAGCAACAAAAUUUUUGGAAAGAAAAAUAUUCACCACAAUGAAUUAUUGUGCGGAAGCUCAGAAGAUUGCUCCAUUGGUGACUGCAACAGAAAGUGGAUCAAUAUUCAAAAGAGUUGCCUCAAUCUUUCAAAAAUCGCCACAAGAAAACAUCCCUGGGUCGACAUGCAACCAAGCUAAUGAGAACCAACAAAGAAGGAUGAGCUUUAAAUUGGAUAAGAAACAGGAAGAAUUGAUGGUCCGUAUUGCUGAACUUGAAAAUGGAGAAAAUCACGGAGGAAUAAUUACUACUACUACAGCCACAAAUGAUCUCCGAAUAAGACAAGUAUUGAUUGAACACAUUUUGCAACAAAGAUCAUUGCACAAACGCGAAGAGUCACAAGCUAAUAGAACUUUGAUAAUAGGGUCGCCCAGUUGGAUAAAAAAGUUUGAGGGACCUCUUGAAAAUAUCACAAAAAGUUCACAAAACAAUGAUUUUUCUUUCAUUUUCUUCAAUGGUAUCAGAAGGCCUCCAACUCUGACUUCUAUCAGAAAAAAAAGAAAAAGAGCGGGAAAAGACAUCGUUCUCAUAAACUACUAUUGGCUAGAAACUAUACAAAAUUUGCCAGUCACAUGGGAGCGAAUCAUUUUCCAUGAUUUUACUUUGAAAUUUGUCAAGAGCAACACAGUACCACCAUUCCGAGCACUUUGUAAAUUGAAAGCCACGUUUCGCUGGUGCAUCACUGAAAAUCACAAACAAGACCGUCUGGUGAAAUUUUUCAAUCCUUCGCUUGGUUACAUCUCGUAUUUUGAUGCUGAAGAGAAAAUGAAGUCAACAAAGAAAAUUGAAGAAUUCUUGAAACGAGUCAACCUGUAUUUACCGAGUGCAGAACCAACAGAUAGAAUUGGAUUUGUUUUGGACUUGAAGCAGAAGGAAAUGAUGGCCUCUAUGGAGAAACGUGAAGAUGGAGAUGAUCAAGGAGGAAUAGUCACUGUGGCUACAAACGAUCGUCAAAUAGAUCAAGUAAUAAUUGCAUAUAUUCUGAAACAAAGGGAACAAGGAACGUCUCGGAAAAAAGUUAAUUUAAUCGUUGGGACGCCCAUGUGGAUGAAAUCAUGGAAGUUACAAUUCGAUGAAUUCAUUAAGGCAGGACUACUGAAUGACAAUGAUCUAACCAUUUCCUAUUUUUACAACCGGACAAAGUCUCGCAAUUCGAAUGAACUUGCUAGAAAUGAUAUCGUCAUCACUACAUACGAUACGCUGAAGAAAGAAGCGAACCUUCCCAUUUUCAAAGCCGUCAAAUGGGAGCGAAUCAUUCUUUAUGAAGCAAACAAAAUUAGUGACAUGAACACUGUACGAUUUCAAGCAAUCUGCCAACUCCAAGCAAAAUAUCGUUGGUGUCUCACGGAAAGUCCAAAACAACAAAGCUUGUCGUGUUUUUUGAAGCAGGAGAGUUUUGGAAACGGUUACUCUUUAAAAAACACCGAAAGUGUGAAAAAACAAAACAAUUUUAAAGAGGACACUGUGAAGCAACAAGCUAAUCUGAUUUUUUCAAGCACCGAAUUGAAACUGAAAACUAUGAAAAUUGUUUUGAACACCCGUCAAAAGGAGUUCAUGAAUAGCAUGGCUCAAUGUGAAACUGGACCUACCAAUGAAAGAAUAGCGGCAUACGGGAUGGAAGAAAAUGAAAUAGGAGAGGCAAUUAUCGCAUUUCUUUUAGAACAAAAGUAUAACAGCGAAAGAAAUGAUAUUUUGAUGGGAGAAACUUUAGUGGUUGUAUCAGAUGCAAAAAUGGACAGUUGGUUGAAACAUGUUAAAAAACUUGCAAAAGAGGAUGACCUGAAUAUACACAAUAUCCAUGAAGAGGACCAUAUAUGUGAAAAGGACUAUAUUCGUGAAAAUAAAACCAGCAUGUUCAUCGAAUGGGAACGAAUUAUUUUUUAUGGGUUUUCUCUGCAUUGUGCAUACAAAUACCAGGAAAACCGAUUUCAACUAUAUCCAGAUAAUUGUUGGUACAUAACUGAAGAUAUCACACACCUUUGCUCAGUUCAUUUCUUGGAGGCGAAAGAACGGAGCUUUUUUAGAACCGAAGAAAAUCAUUUCACAUUCCUGACUAGUGCAAUACAAGCAUCAAAAGCUGAUGAAUAUCGUCAAUUUUCCAAUAAUAUGUGGCAAUCAAUAGACAGUUACACUUACGAGUUCUUUGAUAAAAAUUUCGAAAUUUGGCCUGUGAAAAACGAUGAGAGUUUGGAGGAAAUGUAUGAGAUGAUGUGUCUUGGUCUCAGUGGAUCAGCAGCCGCUUUGAUAAUUCGAUUAUGGGUGGAUGUUCACUGGAAUCACAUUGCGUGUGAUUACGAUUCAUUUUUCAUUUCACGAGAUGAGAUGGAUGAUAUUGUUGCUAGGUGGAAAAAAUCGAUUGACUUGAUUGAGGAUGCACAAAUCGAUUUGAUUCGCGAUGUACUUGUUGAAAAGAAAUUAUUGUCUGAACACAUGGUAAUUGUGAAAUUUAGCAAACAAAAAGUUUUUUAAGGAAAACCGGUCAACGGCAAAAAUGCCAAAAAGGGGCAAAUUGGCAGGCUACGGGUAUACAAUUUCUGAAAAACAUGAGACACCAAGUGGUUGUAAUUUUUGACAAAACUUUCACCAAUUUUUAUUCAAAUUCAGAUCAUAUCCUCAAUCUGUAAAACCAUAUUUCUUCCAAAUUUACAGAAUGAACAUGUUAGUGCCACCUUAUCUUCAGAUCACAAAUCGUACAAAAUGUCAUACUUUCAGAAACCUACUUAUUUCUCUACGGAUAUGCACACGUAUAUAAUCUACAACUUCAGCAUGUUUUUGAUCAAGGCGAAAGAAAUGUCGGAACAGAAUCCACCCGAUAUAGUUAUGUUUUGCAACCUCAUUUGGGGUGCAGCUGUUAUUUGCUUAAGAAAGUUCUUUCUGUCCAGAUUCCAACUUGAGGUAUCAAAACCACAAAUACAAGAAAAACUCAUGAAAAUUGUUUUGGAGUCUUUUACAAACGAACCCAUUGUUUGUGGACGUUUAUACGAAGCCUGGGAACACGCAAAACGUUGUUGUAAAAGUGCAUAUACGCUGGGAUAUAUAUGUCAACAGCUAAGAAACAAAAUUCUACAAUUGGUGGGGGACAUGGAAGAAUGCAUCAAUAAAGCCGACAUCGAAAGAAUUAGAAAACAGUUGGAAGUUUCUGAUUUACAGAUAUUGGAGUUGUCAAAAAUGUAUUCAAUGAAUAUUGGGGAAGAACGAUUUUUCUACAAUCGAAUAGCGUGUUGAUAAUAAAUGUUU